GGAAAGGACGCGUUCCAAUCAAGCACCAUGUGGGGUAUGGCUGCCAGCCUUGCUGUAGAUGGGAACACCGACGGUGACUACUUCCAGAAUUCCUGCACACACACCGAGCAAUGGGUGCGCGGUCCCGCCUGGUGGGUGGAUCUUGGACAAUCGUACACCAUUGGCAGGGUGGUCAUCUUCAACCGCCAAGACUAUGGUCCGGACCGCCUCAACCCCUUCAACAUCCACAUCGGAGACUCUAACCAGAUCACCUCGAAUCCCCAGUGUGGUGGCGAUCAUGAGAUAGACGUGAACCAGCCGUCCAUUUCCGUUUCCUGUCAGGGGAUGACGGGACGGUACGUCGGCGUUCGUCUUCCUGGAGACUACAGAAUCAUGACCCUGUGCGAGGUCCAAGUCUUUUCAGGCGUAUUGCCUAGUGCGGAGCUCAACACCACUCCAACGCCAGCACCCGGUCCGGCGACCCUUGCGCAAGUUCCUGGAUACACUGUUCGAGCCGGAAACUGUCCUGGGAACGACAUCUGGUCCAUUUCCGGUACCGGCAUGACUCUGUCCCAGUGUGCCAGCCGGUGCAGCGGAAGCUCCCAGUGUGUGGCUUUUCAGUUCUCCAACGGAAACUGUUACCCGAAAACUGCGACCUGUAGUUCGCCCACCACUCACAACUCCCGCGACACCUUCUACGACAAGGAAGCAGGAUAUAUCCCUGAUGGCUAUAGAGAGAGAGGGGGCUCCUACUACAAGCUGUUCAGGACAGAGAAAAAGGACCAGGGCAGUGCACAGGAGACAUGUGAAGCUGACGGGGGCAACUUGGUAUCUGUAAAGACCUCGUCUCUCAACAACUUCCUUCUGGACUUGAUGCCGGAAAGGGAGAACUACUGGAUCGGGCUCAAUGAUAAAGAUACUUAA